AUUCGACUGAUUUGUUUCUCUCGCUUUUUUCUCGUAGCUCGGAACAAUCAGCGCCGUAUUAUGUAUUGUUCGACGAACCACGGAUGCCUAGCGGAUUUUGCUGAAUCAAUGUUAUCCAUCGAUGUUGUACCUCUGUCAGUUUAAAAAUACAUGCAGAUGAUGAAUCAUAAAGAGGUUAGUCUAUGUCCAGUAAAUCUUUUUUCUUUGUCGUUCCAAGAUAUACAACAAAAACGAUGUCAAGUGCAUCCCUUGGCUGCAGUGUGACGAGAACCGUAUCUGGUUGUCCCAUGCGACGCGUUUUGUUAGCGCCCUUUGUAAGUGGCAGCGCGCUGGCGCUGUCACGGACGGCGAAAGGCCAUGAUAAGCCACGCAUGCUGCGCAGCGAAAAACCUGAGGGUGCGCUUGCGGAAGAACAGAAGAUGUUUCUCGAGACGCAGAAGGGAUCUUCUUCGGCAUCUCAAGGCAGUGCCUCAUCAAGUUCAAGUGGCUCCUUUUCUCCCUCAAGCGCCGCUGCUACGGUGGAAGCGUCUACAUCCACUUCGAGCAAUACAGCGGAUGGAGUGACCGAUAAAAACGCAAAGGUCGUCGCUUCAACAGCAGCAUCAACGCAAGUUGGGGACAGCAUGGCCAGCAGUGAGAUCUUGAAGGGAACCACGACGAGCAAUGCGGAUAGCGUCACUGCGACAAGCAGCAUAACGAUGAAAAAAGUAGAGGAAAAAGAUAGUGGAAAAACUUCAUCGAGUUCACUAGCUGAAGGAGCCGUGGCAACCGAUGGAGAUCGCUCAACUACGAAGACGUUUUUUCCAGAAACGGAUUCAGGGACGUCAUCGGAGAAAGCAGACGUGAAAGCAGAGUCCUCAGAGAGGGCCUCUGCUUCGGCCAUCCUAAGCGUCGUGGAGGCAGUCGGGCAAGCCCGCGGGGACGAAGACGCAGAAAAGGCCGAGGCUCUUGUGGAGACAGCGGCAAAUAAUGGUGCCGCGACAGCAGCAGCGCCCGCAGCAGCAGCAGAGGCUGGGGCAGCAGGUGCUGGUGGAGCUGCUGCGGCAGCGCCAGCGGCGGCACCGGCAGCGGCGCCAGCAACUGGACACUUGGAGCCGACAAAUAUCACACCGAAGGAUGGGACACAGGUCGUAGAACUGAUAGCGGAUCUAGUGGUUAGACGCAACAACGGCGACAAAAAUUCCGUCCUCGUCAUCGACAUGGGAGGUAUCUCACGAGCAAUGGAUUAUCUACGUGAAGACUUGAGGACUCUAUGUCUGUUGCAACAUCAAAAGAAAAUUAUAACAUUCUACUAUUAUAUAGCAGUUCGUUUAUUGACGUUGAUAUUGAAUUGCAAGUCGGCACGGUUUCCAGCGCGCCCUGCGUACUAGGAAGACAAGCACUUUUUGCAUAUACUAGAUUAUCGCUCUCAAAAACCCGUGAACUUCGAUGAUAAUCAAUGUCCUCUGUUUCUUAGGUUCCGAUGCGGCGCAUGCUGGGCUCGGGUUUGUCCAUGUAGCCGGCGGCAAGGUGCUUAAGGCGGAUCCACCUAAAGGUACCGGCAAGCAUGAGUAUGUCGCUGUGGAUCUGAACAAGCUUGCGGCAGUGAAGCAGUUGAACCUCAUCGCAGGAGAGCCUACCGAAGCGUCAAAGAAUGCCGUGCAGCUGAUUCGCGGUAGCUACAGUGAAUGCGUUCUCGCCAGUGUGCGUGCUGCGGCGCAUGCAACUGAUCCGAGUUUGGUCGAUGCCGAGCGCAUAGCAAUGGUCCCCAAGGGUGACGCAAAACCGACAAUGGAUCCCGAGAAGGCCAAGGCAGAGCAGGCAAACAUCGACUUUGUAAACAACCUCGUCAUGAUCUUGAGGCACGUUUUAUUUCUACCAUAAUCUGGAGAAGCAAUUACAAACUAAUAAAUCACUUGCACUGUAGUUGUAGUACAGAGAAAAACAGAAACUAAUGUUUGUUUGAUGUUGCAAUCAGGAUGGGCUGACUUCAUGUUGAAAGUCUCUCAAAUCGAUGAUUCUUGGAAUUUUGAUGGUCUCGCCGAUUUUAUCCUAGACGAAAAAUCCAUCUGCUACCUUUUUUGUUCGCUAAUCACCGGAGCUCCAAUUGCCGUGCUCCUUGCGCUCAUUGGGACUGGACUAUGCCUACAGGGUGGCAGCAGCAGAGGUUCCGGUCCCAACAGGAGCUCAACGACGAGUUCCAUGGGAGACGGAGAAUAG